UUUACCAUGUCCCAUUGGAUGGGUGUACUUUCGCUUCAAGUGCUACUACCUGUCCUCCAUUGAGAAGACAUGGCUAGAGGCAAGAGGGGCCUGCAAUUCAAACCAAGCAGAUCUGUUGGUUAUCAGCGACAUGGAGGAAGACAUUUUCAUUGACAAGUUCAACCAAACGGGCUGGAUUGGACUUCAAAGGACUCAAAACAAUUGGAAGUGGGUUGAUGACACACUGCUCUUCAGAGGAUACUGGAGGCGGCCUCUGCCUAACAACACCGUAGGAGAUUGUGUUCGGACCAUUCCAGAUUUCACCAAUUCUGCCUCUGGGUGGAAAGCAAGUUUGUGCGACUCGGAGUUGUUCUUCUAUUGUGAGAAAUCCCAAUUGUAAAUUUUCUCUCCGCAGCCUGAUCUGUGACAACUUC